AUGGCGGCUAAGGUUAGAGUUCCUGAGUUCAAGACUCUAAAGGAGUGCUUAGAGUUCUUGGAGUGGUUGAAAAAUGACAGGGGAAUGCAAGGUCAGGUUGCCAAUCGGCUGGAAAGACUUCUUAAAGACAGAUAUAAGGAAGCAAAACAGGGUGGCAUAGAAAACGCACUAUCGCGAUUCGUCGGACACGCUUCUGAAUUUUAUAAAAAAUUGUGCACAAAAGCAAGCGCCACUUAUAAUAGUCAUGUGAGCGCUACAACAGUCCUCAAGUCUCUCAUCGUCUGUAUCCCUAAAUUGCUAUCGGCGAUAUAUUUUCUGCGGUACAAAGUUGACGCUAAUUUCAAAGCACUUGGUGGCGGGGAAUGGGCAGAGCAAGAGGUUGGUGUAGUUGCAAUGUACGCUAGAAUUCCUGCGCUAUUGGAAUCUAACGCCACCAAAAUCGAUAAAUAUCUCAUUACGAAACACGGCUCUACGCAGUAUGGUGUCAUACCGGGGGGAUUUGAGGCCAUUGAGUUGAGAGCAGGUUUUAGGGGCGGCUAUAACCCGGGUUCAGCUAUGGCAAAUGACCUGACGAAGAUUUGUGAAAAAGAGAAGGCUCAGUUUUUUCGUGACGUUUUCGUCACUUCGGUGUUCGGCAAUGAUGGUGCCAACUCUGCGAACGUCGCCAACGCGGUUCGCCUGGUCGAGGAUUUCGGUAGGAUAUUUGGAAACGUAACAAAGGAUGACGAUUUUAAAAGCCAUUUGCAAUCCAAUCGUAUGUGCAUAGAUUGGCAAGCAUUAGAAGCACAUUGUGCCAAACUGAAAACGUCACUUGAAAAAAUCUUCAAGACCAAUGGAUUUUCGUUUACCGGCUAUGGGAGGACAGUCGGCGAGGUUAAGAAGGAAAAUGUUGCUAAGAAGAUGGCAACUUGGCUUAAAAAACAUUUGAUCGAAAUAAGAACAAAUUUGGCACACAUCAAACCUUUUGACAACAGGAAAUAUAAGCUUGAUGAUAGACGCUUACGGAAAGGUAACAAGCUGCCUGCCGAGUUUUCCCAAGCCUUUGUCGACUAUUUCACCGAAAACUUUUUCCGGUACGGAUUUACCUUUGGAAAGAAUAAAUAUGAAAUGAGUGACACGCCGUAUCAGGAUUUGCUUGAAAGUUGGAAUGCUGCAUUGGUUGAGCUUAAGAGAAUGACAGGCGAUUUAGAUCAGUUGAAGACGAUUUUGGAUGGCAAUCAGUGUCCAGAUAGAAAUAGGAAUAAGCAGCCAAAGUCUAAACCUGAACCUAACCCUGAGCUUGAGCCUGCGCUUCUAGAUGUGGAUGACGAUGAAAACGAUCUUGAGUCUGAGUCUGACUUCGACGAUCUUAAUUCUGAAUCUGAGGAUGACGAUAUGCCUCCAACCAAAACCGAGGCCUCAAAGCUUUCCUCCACUACUAAUGUAGACACAACACCUCAGAACAAUAAAUCUGAGGGAGCACAGAACCAGGGCAAGAAGGCGGAGGGAAAUCAAAAUCAAGGAAAUGAUCACAGUGUAGCAAAUACUUCUAUUUCACCGGUUUCACAGGCGGUACGAACUCAGAGUUCAAGUGUUCAAAGUCCAGACUCCGGGUCACCUGGUGCUACUGGUCCCAGUAGUGGUCCGGGCCCGGGUGGGCAGGCGGAUGUUUCUGACGCUGGUCAACCAGGUGUCCAAAAGGCUCAGGCAAAUGGAGACGCCAAUGGUACGGCGUCCAAUACUCCAGGUGCUGGUCCAGGUGGCAGUGGAACUGGAGGGAAUGGGAAGUCUGAUAAUGGUCAGCAAACUAAUGAAUACCAGGAAGGUAUAAAUAGACUCAAAAUACGACAUGAGGAGAAGAUGAAGGAAGCCCAAAAAAAUAUGGAACGCCUAGAAGAUGCUAUGCAGAAGUUGGCCGAAAAAAAGGCAGAGCGACAAAAAAAAUUGGAUGCUCAAGGCAUGAACGCAGGAUACCGGUCGUAUUACGAUCCUAAAGCUUCUGAUAGACGUGCUCAGUAUUUCACGGAUUUGCAGAUGACUCCUGUAAUAAUGGAUGGUGCAGACGUUUCCAAUGAAGCGUUGCGCAACCCGGGGAUUGAAUGGGAGCGAAAUCAUAGAGAUGAAUGGAAAUUGGCAGAACAAUUCCGAAAGGAGGCUGAGAAAAGAGAAAAACAAAAAUUUAGGAGAAACCUAAGAGACACCCAAGAAAAAGUAUUAAAUCGACUUAAGGAUUCAUGGUUACACCAGGAGUUUCAUGACGAUGAUAUUGGCCACGUAGUACCUCAUCGUUCUGCCGUGGACGACCGAACCAUCAUGAACCCUCCGCCGCCUAAUAUUUCGUUCAAAAUCAGCAAACCAUUUAACGCGAAAACGAUAUACGACGAGCAAAGUCUUACAUUGCCUCAUCCCAACAUUGAAUUAGAAAUUGAUAAAACAUACGAUAGAAGAAAGAAAAUGAACACAUACAAUCAGAAGGUAUUUUAUACGGAAGGAGAAAUUAUUGAACCCAAGCCUCCGACAAUUUCACCACCAAUCAUCGAAACAGGACCUUUCGGCUCAAAGGUGGCCGACCCUAACGUCGACACGUCUAAAAUGUUACCUGAUGAUUUAAUACCGAAAUUGCCACCUGAUACAUUAGAUGUUGAAAUAAUUCAUCGAUACAUCCCACCACCAAAUGACAUUAUUAUUCCUGAUAUCCCUGAUUAUGUUCUUGCAGAUUCUGCUGGUUCUCAAGUGCUCAAUGAUCAUACCGCGCCUACAGCGCCCACAGAUAAAGAGUAUGAUGGCAAAGGUAUUCAUUCAAAGAAUGAAAUAAAAACCGUAAACAUUGGAGUGAAUCCAGCUUUCGAAGUUAUUGACGAUGGUUUGGUAAUUGGAAAAAUAGAUCCUCCAUCUCAGCCCGUCGAAGCCGUCGACCUCCAAAUCGACGUUCCCAAACCUACACUUCAGGACUCAUCAUAUGACAUAGACUUGGAAUACGACCAUCCACCUCUCCCCCAAAUCGAACCAGUUGACCCAAUAGGAUCGGUGACACCCGCCAUCAAAAUAAAUUUAGCACCACCAGAAGCAUUACCAGACUUACCGAACAACACUGCCGCUGCGUAUGUAUAUAGUCCAUCUACUGUCGGAAUGUGUAUUUCAUCCUGGACAACCUCGAAACCCACCGAUCAUCUUGACAUCCCCGAGACGGAGCUGUCCCCAUCGCAGGCGCCGCGCACAGUUCGGGAUAUGCUUACUUGGCUGGCGGGGCUUAGGAACCCAAAGCAUCAUAAGACUCUGAAACUAUGUAUUAAUAGGGCAUUUAAUGGCUUACAUAAUGAGUCAUCGGAUCUUGCACUAUCCAUCAACCACACCAACAUCAGACCCAAUGAUGUCUUCGACAUACUCCAGCUUACCGCCAUGUUUGCAGGUUCAGUGCUCACCGCCAUUUCACCUACAUGGAAAGCAAAUGUGCCAUCGAGAACUGUGAAGCCUCAGUCCUCCAAUGAAUCCCAAAAGCCUGAUUGCUGCGCCCUCCUCUGCCAGCUGCGUGACUACGCGUACGCCUGCUGCCACCAGUUGGAGUUUCUGAAGGCGCAGUGUAAUAGGGACAAACUAAGUGGUGGGUGGGGAAAUUAUGAGUACGGCAGUGACAUCAAGACGCCAUCUCCCCUCCAGGCGUUCCUGACCGACGGCUGGGACUCCACCUUCAAGACUCACCCCUUCGACCCUUGCAACCUGUGCCACAAGAGCCGCGUCAGGAUGGGAUUUAAGAGAGAGGAUUUGCCUGAGACAUCACAACUGGGAAGUGUCAUUUCUACCAUCCUCACUCCCAGCUGCGGCGGUGAGGAGCGUGACGCUCUAGUAAACACAAAAUUGUAA